CCGAGAACUGCUGGAAGCGGACAUGUUAGACCGGCCUGUCCGGAGAUAAACAUUGCUUAUAUCAGGGUGCUGGACGGUACAGGGAAAAAGUCAAAGAGACGGGAGACCAUGGAUGCUGUCAACGCCUUCAACCAGGAGUUGUUCUCCUUGAUGGACAUGAAGCCGCCGAUUUCUCGGGCCAAGAUGAUUUCGAUAACAAAGUCAGCCAUAAAAGCCAUUAAGUUAUACAAGCACGUUGUCCAGAUUGUUGAAAAGUUCAUCAAAAAGUGCAAGCCUGAAUACAAAGUCCCGGGGCUCUAUGUGGUGGACUCCAUUGUACGACAGUCUCGUCACCAGUUUGGGGCAGACAAGGAUGUGUUUGGCCCCAGGUUCACGAAAAACAUCACCGGAACGUUUGAAAACCUCUGCCUCUGUCCCACUGAAGACAGGAGUAAGAUUGUGCGUGUUCUGAACCUGUGGCAGAAAAACGGGGUGUUCAAGAUUGAGAUCAUCCAGCCCCUGUUAGACAUGGCUGCAGGUACCAGCAGUAGUUCAGGGAUGGCUGAUGUUGACAACGAUGGUCCAGAUGCAGGAUCCCCCUCCACCCCAGUGAAGGUGGCCGCCGAGCCCCAGCCGUCAGUCACGGCUAACUCCAUUGUGGCGGCCGUGCCGCAGCUGCAGAACUCGGACGCCUUCGCCGCCGUGGCGCAGCUCUUCCAGUCCUCCCAGGGCCAGCAGCUCCAGCAAAUGCUGCAGACGUUCCAGCAGCCAGGGAAGCCCCAGUCCCCCGCGCUGGAGAACAACAUGAUGACCCAGCUCCAGCACCAUGCCGCCGGCACCCAGCACAACCCGCUUGCCCCACAGCCCGUGGAGCAGAAGGCCGCCUUCGACAAGGUGACUAAACUCCUUGACCGUUUCGACUACGACGACGAGCCAGAGGGAGGGGAGGACACCAAGAAAGAGGAGACGACGCCUGUCGCCCCUGCUUUUGGGUUUCCAGAGAAUGUGCAGCAGCAGGCCUAUCCCCAGCUCUCCGCUCAGAUCCCUCACAUGGAGCACUUUCCCACGCAGAUGAUGGCCAUGACGCAAGACCCCGGCCAUCAGGUCGCCCUUCCUCCAAACGGACAGCUCCAAGGUUACGGCAUGAUGCACGCCCAGCCCUUUCCGGGCAUGAUGCAGCCCAUGGGACAGCCUCUCAUGUCCCAGCAAACUGCUGCAGUGCCCACAGCCUUCCCGGGUGGGUACCCUCCCCAGAACGAGGCCUACCCCCAGCACAUGGCUCAGCAGUCGCAGGAAGUGUCAAUGGAAAUAGACCCUCCCUUAAACAGGGAAGGAAAGCAUCGACCAGAUGGCAGGAAGUCGAGAUCCAGGUCAGCCUCCAGAUCCCCAAAGAGGAGGAGGUCCCGGUCAAACUCGCGCACGCGUAGGUCGCGGCACCGCAGGUCACGGUCACGGUCCAGGGACCGGCGUCGCCACUCGCCCCGGUCGCGGUCUCAGGAGAGGAGGGACAGGGAGAGGGAACGCGAGCGUCGACAGAAGGGACUGCCAAAUAUUAAGAAUGACACUCUGAGUGUUUGCAGCACAACGCUGUGGGUGGGCCAGCUGGAUAAGAGGACGCAGCAACAGGACGUGGCCUGUCUUCUAGAAGAAUUUGGCCAGAUUGAGUCCAUCAAUAUGAUCCCGCCCAGAGGCUGUGCCUACAUUGUGAUGGUCCACCGACAGGAUGCCUUCAGAGCCCUACAGAAACUCAGUAGAGGCUCCUACAAAGUCAACCAGAAAGCCAUUAAGAUUGCAUGGGCCUUGAACAAAGGCAUCAAGCCGGAGUACAAACAGUACUGGGACGUCGAGCUGGGCGUCACCUACAUCCCAUGGAGCAAGGUCAAAACAGAGGAUCUGGAGAGCUUUCGCCAGGGAGGCAUGCUGGACUCGGAAACUCUGUGUCCAGAGUGGAAGGGCACCGUGAUUGAUGCAGAGAAGCCAGAGGAGGUGGCACAGAAUGGCCGCUCAGAGUCUGUACAGGCAGAGGAAAACCCGGCCGCUUCCUCUGUACAGGUGUCGUCUGUCCAGGCAAUGGGUGCAGUUGGCGCCCUUCAGCCCCCUGCUUUUCCUGCACAUAUGGGGCUGCCACCUCCAAACUUUCCUCCUGGAGUGCCUCCCCCACCUCCACCCCCAUUCCUGCGACCAGGAUUCAACCCUAUGCAGAUGCCUCCAGGAUUUCUCCCUCCUGGAGCCAUACCCCCCAUGGGUUCAACUGGACCCCCUCCCACCUCCACCGUCAACAUCCCUUCUUCGGGAGUAGCUGGCAGCUCAGUAGAAGACCCCUCCAAGGACUCUGCAGGUGUGGGUACCAGGAACAACAGCGAGGCUGCAGACGGCUCCAAGCUGUACGGCUCUGUGCCAGGAAUGAAUCAGGGCGUGGCUUCCAACCUCCCUGUGUCCAUGCCACAACAAAUGGGUAACCAAGUGGGCACUCCAGGAGGUCCAGGGAUGAGCAUGCAGCCUCCUUCAGGUGGCCUUCUGGGGGCGCGGCCGGGCAUGAUCCCCCUGCAGCGGCCUCCCGGAGUACCACCUCCACACAUGCAACGCUUUCCCCUGCACCCGCCCCGCCCAAACAUGCCACCCAUGCCCCCUCAGAUGAUGCACCGGGGGCCACCCCAAAUGUUGCACAGAGAACCUCCUCCUGGGGGGUACGGCAUGCCCCCGCCCCACCCCAUUAGGGGACCCUACUCCCCCCACGGACCCCCGUUUCUACGGCCCGGCGGCCCGAGGGGACCGGAAGGGCCAGACGACCGGGACGCCAGACCGUUCCGAAACGAGCGACCGGGGUUCGGGCGGGACAGGGAGCAGGAGCGGUUUGGGGGGAGGCGAACGUACAGUGGCGGCAGCGAGGGCCGGGGCGGUGAGCGCGGGCCCGAGGGACGCGACCGCUUUGCGAACCGCCACGAGGAGUUCGAGCAGCGAGGAGGGUGGGACCGCGAGCGCAGAGACUGGGGACGCAGCCCGGAGCACGAGCGUGGCCGGGACACGGAGGACCGGAGCCGCCGUGCCAGCGGGCACAGGGACAGAGAGCCGGGGACGCGGGAGAGGAGCACGCGCUGGGACCGGGACGACCGAAGGGAGACAGGGGACGAGGGGGACAGCAUCGACAGGCACCACGACUCCGCCGGUGCUGACCCCCCAGCAGACUCUAAGGAACUGGCCCAGCCUGAAUCGCAACCUGAGCCCACAGCGCAGUCAGCUGAAGUGGCUGUGGACCAACAGGCUGCUGAGGCCAGAGUAACGACUGAACCUGCAGAAAAGCCCCAGGAUACAGAGUCAUAGGGAUGGCGCAUACAUGCUCACACGUACACUUCACAAAAGUGAUACUGUCAUUGAAAAUUACUGUUCUGGCAGAUGUGAAACGCUGCCCCAUGAACCACAGUGUCCCACUUUGGAGCUUGAAUGUUGUAUUAAAAAAAAGACACAAAGAAAAAAAUAGAGCUGUAAAUAUGCUUAUGCUACUCAACACCUAUUUGUAGUUUUUGGGGGAAGCGUUUUGUUCAUGCCCCUUUGUGUUGCAACAGAAUAUAGAAACAAAUUGACUCAAAAGCAAAACCAACAAUGAGGCUGUUUUUCUGUAACAUUUUUUAACUUUAAAUGUUUACAACUCAUAGGAUGAGAUGUUUCUAUAAUUUUUAAGUUAAAUAAAAACAAACCUGAAAUUAAAUCUCCUCCAACA